AUGGCAGUUGUGCGACGCCACCGAGGCGGCGGGAAUGAGGACAACGACGACAAGCUCUACAGCAAGUGGCAGUUUCUUCGGCGACAAACGGACAGACUCGUCAAGCAAAUCUCGACAAUGUCGUACCGCGAUUUCGUUGAAUCCAGCACAAAGGCCAUGGCCGAAGGACCGGACGGGAUUGCUGGUGAGGCUCUCAAGAUGCUGCAUGUUUCAAGAGAUGAGCAAGAACCCGAAACGCAGUUCAAACGAUCCAGGACUGUCAUAGUCGAAAAGGCGGACAAGCCAACGUACGAAACACCGAAGAGCUGGCGUCCUCUCGCCUUGUUAUCCUGCAUGGGCAAGGUUGUAGAGAAGGCCAUGUCGAAUCGCUUGACGAUACUCUCCCUUGAGCACCACCUUGUCCCUUACAAUCAGUUUGGAUUCGCACGACGGUCUACGACAAAAGCGCUCGAGUUGAUUCUGAAUCGCGUCUACCGAUGCUGGAACGCCAGCCCGCGCAUGUUUGCAACGCUCAUGACCAUUGACAUGACUGGCGCCUUCGAUCAUGUCGAUCGAGAGGUUCUCCUGAACAUCUUGGUUCGGAAAGGUGUCCCUGACUGGAUGGUUCUGUACAUCUCUUCAUUUCUUUCUGAUCGACGCGUUGCCUUGUCUAUUCCAGGAUACACAUCAGAGGAGUUCUGGGUCAACAUUGGCAUUCCCCAGGGCAGCCCUCUUUCGCCUGUUCUCUUCGCCUUGUUCUCCUCUCUUAUACUGGACGAACUCAACAAGAUCUGGCCGUCGAGUCCAUUCUUCCAAGCCAUGUCGUACGUUGACGACAGUUGCAUGGUGGUCACCUCACCCUCCUACGAGGAAAACUGCAGAAUCUUGACAACGGCCUUUACCGACCUGAUUGCCGCUACCGCGCCGCAUGGCAUUGCCUUUGGCCCUUCCAAGACACAUAUCAUGCAUUUUCAGAAUCCGCACAGGGAGACUCGGGGGGCCAACUCAAGAACUGCCGACGAACCUGAGCCACCCAGAAUCAUACCAUUGGCAGAUCUACCAGACGUUGGUGUGGAAGGGGCAAAGAAGGAGGAGGUGAUCAAGCUUCUUGGGGUUUACUUGGACCAAUCUUUGACAUGGGCCACACACGUAAAGGAGGUUACCGAGAAGAUGGAAGCCAAGAUGCGCACCAUCUAUCGUAUUUCCGGCUCGACAUGGGGGCCCUCUCUCGCCAGCAUCAGACGCCUGUUUAUCACAAGUGUCCGCCCGAUCGCCGCAUACGCCGCUCCCGUGUGGUUCCUUUAUCGAGACAACGAACGCAGGGUUCGCUGGCAGAUCAGCGUCAAUUUGGUCACGAAGCUCGACAAGGCACAGGCGGCGUGUCUCCGACAGGUUGCCGGCGCUUACCAGACCACAGCGAACGCGGUCGUCCACCAGGAACUUAAUGUCCCGCCGCUUUCUCUAUUCCUUGAGAAGCUCGGUCAGAAACAUCGCACUCGCAAUCUUGACACCCCGGAAUACGGUUCUCUCGAUACCGUGUGGGGAACCGGUACCAUGCCGAAGACCCUAAGCGCAGCGAAUGAUGUAGCACACCCAUACCGCAUCCUCUACAAAGCCACGGCCGCUUCUAUUGAUUUCGCGGCCCGGAAGCAACUCAUCGAACUCAACGAGGAGCGAGCUACGAAAACAGACCGGCGCGGUUUUCCGCUACCGAAGUUAACGUGGCGGAACUUCCUUGACCGACAGCAAGUGCGGGGCAAAGUCAUCAACGACAAACUUCAGGAGGCAUGCGCGCGGUACUGGCAGAACUACCUUGACGCUCGCCAAGACCGAAGGGAGGAUCAGACCGAGCCAAACCUUCGCAUCGCCAACCACCGUCCUCUCUCCCUCUCGGAAAAAUGGGGCCCAGCCAGCUUGAAAUACUAA